UACUCCGCGCGCUGCGGCCACUAGGAUUCGGUCAGCACGAGCAAACGGAGCUUGGGGCUCCAGGAACAGACGGGAAGACGACGGGACAGAAAAUCUGCGCCCCCGAAUAAACAGUGAAAAUACAGCACACCCGCAUCAAAUAUCACAACCAGAGCGACACAUAAGCCCAUGGACUGGAGCAAGGGCGUGGUCGCAGGUUAGUUUUAGUGAGUUUGCAGGGUGUUCCUUCAUAUUUUUCCCCGUGUUUGUCACAGAGGGAGGAGGUGGAACGCACCGCCGCCAUCUUUGGGACCUGCCUGUGACUGAAAAGCCAGCUUCUGGGCCACGGCUGGCCUUGGAGAAGAGUUACAAUACGCUAACCAACAACAGCAGUUUGGUUUGACAGCACUCGGCAAAGCAACAACAUCGCAGACCAAUUCGGGGAGCGCAGGGAGAACAACGAGUGCUAAACCAGAAUCUCGGCUCCACUCUUCCUCCCCCCGAACGGGUUGAGCACUAGCUACUCCUUGGAUACGGUAUUCGCUCCUGUUCCUUUUAAUCCUGGCCCGUCGGACGGGUGCUCAUGCGCACAAGGCCGCCUUCCUGCAGAUGAGCCAUCGGCGGGGGCUGUCGCAGCGCAGUCGCAGUCGCAGGCCCAGAUAGUCCCCGGCGGCCGCGGCGGCGCCCCCUUCCCAGCAUGCCCUCCACCAGUCGGGCGGGGAGCCUGAAGGACCCCGAGAUUGCGGACCUCUUCUUCAAGGAGGACCCCGAGAAGCUGUUCUCCGACCUGCGCGAGAUCGGACAUGGCAGCUUCGGGGCUGUGUACUUCGCCCGGGACAUCCGGACCACAGAGGUGGUGGCCAUUAAGAAGAUGUCCUACAGCGGGAAGCAGUCCAACGAGAAAUGGCAGGACAUAAUCAAAGAAGUGAAGUUCCUACAGAGAAUUCAGCACCCAAACAGCAUAGAGUACAAAGGAUGCUACCUGCGUGAGCACACUGCCUGGCUGGUCAUGGAAUACUGUCUAGGCUCAGCUUCGGACCUGCUGGAAGUUCAUAAAAAACCACUCCAGGAAAUAGAAAUAGCUGCAAUUACCCAUGGUGCAUUGCAGGGCUUGGCCUACCUUCAUUCCCACAACAUGAUUCACAGAGAUAUCAAGGCUGGAAAUAUCCUGCUGACAGAGCCCGGACAGGUGAAGCUGGCCGAUUUUGGCUCCGCCUCCAUUGCCUCUCCCGCCAACUCCUUUGUGGGGACGCCAUAUUGGAUGGCCCCAGAGGUGAUCCUGGCCAUGGAUGAGGGCCAGUACGAUGGGAAGGUGGAUGUCUGGUCUCUGGGAAUUACCUGCAUUGAAUUAGCUGAGAGGAAACCGCCGCUGUUCAAUAUGAAUGCGAUGAGUGCCUUAUACCACAUAGCGCAGAAUGAGAGCCCAACUCUGCAGUCAAGUGAAUGGACCGAUUACUUUAGGAACUUUGUGGAUUCUUGCCUUCAGAAACUCCCCCAGGACAGGCCGGACUCUGAGGAUCUGCUGAAGCAUGCCUUUGUCCAGCGGGAGCGGCCCGAGUCGGUCCUGAUGGACCUGAUCCUGCGGACCAAGGACGCCGUGCGCGAGCUGGACAACCUGCAGUACCGCAAGAUGAAGAAGAUCCUGUUCCAGGAGGCGCACAACGGGCCGGCCGCCGAGGCCCCGGACGGAGAGGAGGAGCCGGAGCAGGGCGUGGGUCGGACGGGCACGGUGAGCAGCGUGGGCAGUAACCAGUCCAUCCCCAGCAUGUCCAUCAGCGCCAGCUCCCAGAGCAGCUCCGUCAACAGCCUCCCCGACGCCGCCGACGACAAGAGCGAGCUGGACAUGAUGGACGGAGACCACACCGUCAUGUCCAACAGCUCCGUCAUUCACCUCAAACCGGAGGAGGAGGAGAGCUACCCGGAGGACCCCGAGCCCCACAGCAGACCCUCUGAGCCGCAGUCACCCCCCGCUCAGACCCCGCGCCAGAAACCCCACUACCGCAACCGCGAACACUUCGCCACCAUCCGGACGGCCUCGCUGGUGACGCGGCAGAUGCAGGAGCACGAGCAGGACUCGGAGCUGCGGGAGCAGAUGUCGGGCUACAAGCGCAUGCGGCGGCAGCACCAGAAGCACCUGAUGGCGCUGGAGAACAAGCUGAAGGCCGAGAUGGACGAGCACCGGCUCCGCCUGGACAAGGAGCUGGAGACCCAGAGGAACAGCUUCGCCGCCGAGAUGGAGAAGCUGGUGAAGAAGCACCAGGCCACCAUGGAGAAAGACGCCAAGACCUUCGCCAACGACGAGAAGAAGUUCCAGCAGCACAUCCAGGUCCAGCAGAAGAAGGAGCUGAGCAGCUUCCUGGAGUCACAGAAGCGGGAGUACAAACUGCGCAAGGAGCAGCUGAAAGAGGAGCUGAAUGAGAACCAGUCGACGCCCAAGAAGGAGAAGCAGGAGUGGCUGUCGAAGCAGAAGGAGAACUUCCAGCACUUCCAGGCGGAGGAGGAGGCCAACCUGCAGCGGCGCCAGCGCCAGUACCUGGAGCUGGAGUGCCGCCGCUUCAAGAGACGCAUCCUCAUCGCCCGCCACAACGUGGAGCAGGACCUGGUGCGCGAGGAGCUGAACAAGCGGCAGACGCAGAAGGACCUGGAGCACGCCAUGCUCCUGCGGCACCACGAGUCCAUGCAGGAGCUGGAGUUCCGGCAGCUGGGAACCAUCCAGAAGAUGCGUGCGGAGCUGAUCCGCCUGCAGCACCAGACGGAGCUCACCAACCAGCUGGAGUACAACAAGCGGCGCGAGAGGGAGCUCCGGCGCAAGCACGUGAUGGAAGUCCGACAGCAGCCCAAGAGCCUCAAGUCCAAAGAGCUGCAGAUCAAGAAGCAGUUCCAGGACACCUGCAAGAUCCAGACCCGGCAGUACAAGGCCCUGCGGAACCACCUGCUGGAGACCACGCCCAAAUCGGACCACAAGGCCGUGCUGAAGAGGCUGAAGGAGGAGCAGACCCGCAAGCUGGCCAUCCUGGCCGAGCAGUACGACCACUCCAUCAACGAGAUGCUGUCCACACAGGCUCUGCGAUUGGACGAGGCGCAGGAGGCCGAAUGCCAGGUUCUGAAGAUGCAGCUGCAGCAGGAGCUGGAGCUGCUCAACGCCUACCAGAGCAAGAUCAAAAUGCAGACAGAUGCCCAGCACGAGCGCGAGAGGAAGGAGCUGGAGCAAAGGGUGUCCCUGCGCCGGGCCCUGCUGGAGCAGAAGAUUGAGGAGGAGAUGAUGGCUCUGCAGAACGAGCGCUCGGAGCGGAUCCGCAGCCUGCUGGAGCGCCAGGCGCGGGAGAUCGAGGCCUUCGACUCGGAGAGCAUGCGUCUGGGCUUCAGCAACAUGGUGCUGUCCAACCUCUCCUCCGAGGCCUUCAGCCACAGCUUCCCCGGGGCCCCCGGCAGCUGGGCGCACCACCACUCGGGCGGCUCCCAGGGGCCGCACUGGGGCGGGGGAGGCGGGGCCGGAGGAGGAGGAGGCGGGGGCGGGGGCCACCACGGCGGCCACCACCACCACCACCACCCCAGUCAGGGAGGGCCCUCGCAGCAGGCCUGGGGCCACGGCAUGCCGGGCGGGGGCCCCCAGCCCUGGGGCCACUCCUCGUCGGGGCCCAUGGGGGCGGGGCCGAGGGCGUCGGGGGCGGCCCGGAACAGCCCCCAGGCGCUCAGGAGGACGGCCUCCGGGGGCCGCAGUGAGCAGGGGAUGAGCAGGAGCACUAGCAUCGCCUCGCAGAUAUCCAACGGGUCACACCUGUCCUACACGUAGACACGCCCACAGCUCCAGAGCAGGGCAGGGGGACCGCCGGGGCCUGGAGAAGGGGGGGCGGCGGGCCCAGCUCUCGCUCCCCCCCCUCCCCACGCACCUCUCUCUCUCUCUCUCUUUCCCAUUCUCCUGUUCCUCUCUCUCUCUCUCUCUCUCUCUCUCUCUCUCUCUCUCAUCCCUCCCCACCUGCCCGCCCUCUCUCAUGUUACACAGCAGCCCCUGUGUGACAUGCAGAGACAUGCAGAGGGGCAGCCAGUCAUGCCUCCCACAGGGACAGCAGUGUGUGAGCGCGCUCCGAGCCUCUGUGUGAAAUGCACAAGUCUCCCUGUGUUCCCCACAGCUGUAAGGAAGCCCACAGCAGCACGGUCUCAGCCCAGCCUGCAGCCCGACCAGGCAGGAUACCCCUUUUCACAGCACUAGAGGCCAUCCAAACCGCCAUAUUCUGUCCUUCUGAUUUAGAUUCAAAACCCAGCUUCCAAACCAGAAUUCUGCAUCCAACCCAGAAUUUUGAAUCCAAAUCAGAAUUCUGCAUUCAAACUAGAAUUCUGCAUCCAAAACAAAUGCCCUUACCCGCUUACUAGUUCAGAUGAGUACUUUCUUAAGCCCCGUAGCUGGUUUUGUGGCAUCUGAAGCGAGAGAGCUUUAAGCAGCCGGAGGGAAAGGUGACGGAGUAGGAACGCAGAGGCAGUGAGAAGCUGUGUUUGUGUGAGCAGGUCUGUCGCCGUGUGUCUGCUGGCUGUGAAGCAGGGCAGUUGGGGUUUUUGGAUCGUCUCCUGUGUCACCCUGGUCAGGUCUCACUCAGGCCAGAGUGCACUGCUGAGUCGUGCACUUCUCUGCCGUGUCCGGGGGAGAGCGGUGCGGCCGACUCCCCGUGGAGCACGCACAUGCCCGCUCCAUGUUUUUGGUGGUCAUCAAAAUUUGAGAUUUCCUAUUUUUUGGUUACCUGUUUUUUUUUUUUUUUUUUUUUUUUCCUCCUGGCUAAGUCAAAGCUUAUGUUAGGCAAAAAUGCACACGUGAAUAUACAAAAGCAUGAAUGUCUCACAACAGCCUCAUUUACUAGCAAUAUCCACAUGAACGGUAGUGAGGUGAGUGCAGUUAUAGAGAUAAUGUGACGAUAUUACGUAAUCUAUAUGGGCCCCAAAAAAGCCCUACCCUGCACUGACUUUUAUACAUGACCUGGAUGUUUUAGGGUCAGGGUUCUUCACUGAAAUAACCUUGCUAACCCCUCUAAGAGAUUGCAUCAACAACUGUUAACAGCCCAGCUGCAACUGUUACAACUUAGCUCUUUAACUGAUGUAGCUCAGGUGUACCUGCUUAGCGUCGCUAAGAGUCCAGCGCACGCUGCGUUAGCCCAGUUAGCGGGCUGAGAGGAAUGGAGUGCCAAUAGUGAGAUUUAACUUUUUUUUAGAUUUAUAAACACUAAUUGCUCAGCUUGAAUUCUUUGUGUUUCAAAGCUUGGUUUAUGAAACAUGUUUUGGAUGAAUACUAAUUUUUACAUUUUAAGUUUUUACUUAUUUUAAACUGGAAACACACUUUUAUAAAGGAGCCAUACAUUUAAGUAUCUUAGUUGAUAGUUGUUUUUUUAUGUACUGUACAUCUCCAGCGAAGGUAGGAGUUGCUAAUGACAUCAUUGCCAUCGUGAGGUCACCACCGUGGGUGUCAUGGAAACCGAACCGCCUCAUUACAUUUCACAAAUCGGUAGCCAAAACACAAGGACUGUGUGCCAAAGGACGUGC